AUGGGUCAACCAUCCCACCAGGCGUCCAACGCCAUCAUCUACACGACUUACGCGGCUUUCCUUGUCUUCGGUCUCUUCGUCGCAUGGACGCUGCGGCACCAAACGAAGGGCGAGUAUCUCGCGACUUUGCGAACACAGAAGGGCAUACCUUUGGCCUUCAACUUCAUCGCGUCGGCUUUGGGUUCAGGAAUUUUGUUUUCAUACCCCCAGAUCUCCACCAUCGCGGGUGUCCAGGGUCUUGUGGUCUACAGUCUGGCGUCCGCCUUACCACUUCUUGUGUUUGCCUGGCUCGGGCCCAUCAUCAGGAGAAAAUGUCCCGAGGGAUUUGUGCUCACGGAGUGGACACGCCAGCGAUAUGGAGCUAUUUGUGCAUUGUAUCUCUCGGCCUUGACGCUUAUCACCCUUUUCCUCUACAUGGUCGCCGAGCUUUCUGCCCUCCAACAAAUCAUCAAUGCCCUCACUGGCCUCAAUGGCCUUCCCGUCGUCAUCGUGGAAUGCGCCGUCACCACGAUCUACACUUCCCUAGGCGGGUUCAAAGUCUCCUUCAUUACGGACAAUAUCCAAGGCGUCAUGGUCGUAGGGCUGAUCGUCAUCGGGUGCAUCACCGUCGGCGUGGAAACCCAUAUCCAACACGACCUGAUUGAAAAGAGUGGAUACCUCAACGCAAGCCUGCUCGGCUGGCAAUUGGUCUACAUCCUGCCCGUGGCGAUCCUCACGAACGACUUUUUCAUUUCCGGGUUUUGGAUGCGGACGUUUGCGGCCAAGACGGAUAAAGACCUGUGGGUCGGUGUCAGCAUUGCGACCGUGGCUGUCGCCAUCAUCCUGACGCUGUGCGGCGUGUCGGGCCUUUUGGCCGGGUGGUCCGGCGCACUGGGUGAUCCGCCUCAGCAGUCGUCCAUCGCCUUCUUUUUGUUGUUGGAACAGCUCCCCGCCUGGGUCGUGGGCAUCGUGGUCGUCAUGACGGUCGCCCUGUCCACCGCGGCCUUCGACAGCUUCCAAUCCGCCAUGGUGAGCACGGGAUCCAACGACAUCUUCCGCAACAAGUUGAACCUCUGGAUCCUCCGAGCCACAGUGGUCUUGAUCAUUGUCCCCGUGGUGGUUGUAGCGCUCAAAUCCCCCUCGGUGCUCCAGAUCUACUUGAUCUCCGACCUCAUCUCCGCGAGUUCCAUCCCCGUCUUGGUCAUCGGGUUAAGUGACCGAUGCUACGCCUGGCGCGGGUUCGAAGUCGUGGUCGGCGGCCUCGGCGGGAUACUCACGGUUUUCCUGUUCGGGCUCGUCUUCUACAAAGGCGACGCCAGCUCCGCGGGCGCUUUGUUACUGCUUGAGGAGGGCCUGUACGCGAACGAUUGGUCCGCCUUUGGAGCCUUUGUGGCUGCCCCGGUUGGAGGUCUUUUGUGGGCAGCUGGUGCCUUUGCAUUGAGACUCGCUGUGCAGUGGGUGGUCGCAAGGGUUCGAGGCACUAGGUUCGACGCGCUGGAUAAACCCGCGGCGCCGACGGCCAGCUUUUACACCGGGAGAGUCAGUCCGGAAGUCACGGGCGACUCGGAGAGAGAGGUCUAUGCUGAUGGGGAGGGCGUUGUGAGAAGCCACGUCGAAGUCAAGGGCAAGUUCUUCUAA